AUCUGUCAUAAUGUGUUUGUGGUUGUCACGUGUUUGUAACGCCUCUGUGAUUUAUAACAGCCCUCGUUUAAAAACCCAAUUGACACCGCGAGCUCACUGAGAGGACGUGAGGAGACAGCAUGCACACGCAAACUAAGUUUAUUACUAACAAAAGAGAAAUGUUUGCAAAGUAAGUGUCGCGAUGCUUUACAUUGGUGGAUUAUCCGUAAGGUAAGUGCUUUGUGAAACGUGCUAAUAUUUACAGGUGUGAUUUGAAUAGAUAAACGCUGUGGGCAACAUUUCAAUAAAAACACACAACAAGCACACGGUUUAAGCCUUUGUUUGCUCAUUUCAAAGUUAAACAAACAAAUCAAAACCCUACAAAAUAUCGCGCAGUGUAAUAUCGAAAGAUUCAACGUUGUCGGAAAUUGCACGAGCGCGCCCUCUCGUGGACAGUCGCCGCUCGUGCAGCUAAAGAUCGCAGGUGAGAAUGAUUAAAUUCCCCUGUAAUUAUCUUACAGGUUGCUAUUGACUACAUAACGACGUACGUCGACACGUUUAGUGAACAAAUCAACGUGAGAUGCGAUCGUCUGUCCUUUCCCCUGAGGAUGCGAUGAACUCACAGAACCACGAGGUUAUUUUCCUCAAGGAGUUGAAAUUGCAUCUCGUCCUGAACCGGUGGUUGGUGCAUAGUUGUACGUUAACACAUUUUGCAAACUAUUUUGGGAUGUCAGUGCUCUGAAAUCUGGACAGCGAUGAUCUGAGCUGACGUUACUAAUUCAUUUAGUCUCACUUACAGCAUCCUGCAGGAAGAAAUGUCAUGAGAAUGAACAAUACAAGCUCAUUACAUUAAACUCAAUUAUUGAUCGGGAUUUCUAAAGCCUUGUCACUUUUUAAUAAUAUGGCAAGAAAUCAAUCCAUUAGUGUACAGAUCCUUUACCAGAAGAAGUCGUUUUAAAAAGACAUGUUGUAUAACACUCCGUGUUGCCGAUGGGAGGCUGUAGAGAUGAAAGAAGAAUGCGAUGUGUUGACUCAAUAGACACACGUCCACCCGUGGUGCUGAAGGACAGCUCAUCGCUUCACUCCUCGCUGUCUGUCUGUCGCAAUGAAACAGUUCGGUGCUCCUUCAUCUCCAUCAGUCCUCAAAGUUUGCCGCUCGUUUCGUUCGCUCUGAUCAUGAAGAGACAAAACAUCAGGACCCUGGUGUUGAUCAUAUGCACUUUCACGUAUCUGCUCGUCGGGGCGGCCGUUUUUGACGCUUUGGAGUCGACGAUGGAGAUCACCCAGAAGAAGAUCCUGGACGAUCGCAAACAGGAGCUGAUGGACAAGUACAACCUGAGCAGAGCGCAUUUUGACGAGCUGGAGAGGGUCGUGCUCCAGCUCAAGCCGCACAAGGCGGGCGUCCAGUGGAGGUUCGCGGGAUCCUUUUACUUCGCCAUCACCGUCAUCACCACCAUAGGGUAUGGCCACGCGGCCCCCAGCACUGACGGUGGAAAAGUGUUCUGUAUGUUCUACGCUCUCCUGGGGAUCCCCCUCACCCUUGUGAUGUUCCAAAGUCUGGGCGAACGCAUCAACACCUUCGUGAAGUACCUACUUCACCAUAUCAAAAAGUGUCUCAGCCUUCGUCAUACCGAGGUCUCCAUGGCCAACAUGGUGUGCAUCGGCUUGAUAUCCUGCAUGAGCACGCUCUGCGUGGGGGCGGCGGCUUUCUCCCGCUACGAAGACUGGAGCUUCUUUCACGCGUACUAUUACUGCUUCAUAACGCUCACCACCAUCGGCUUCGGGGACUACGUGGCCCUGCAGAAGGAUAACGCCCUGCAGAACAACCCCCAGUAUGUAGCAUUCAGCUUCAUGUACAUCCUGACCGGCCUCACAGUCAUCGGCGCCUUCCUCAACCUGGUGGUGCUUCGCUUCAUGACCAUGAACGCUGAGGACGAGCGGCGCGAUGCCGAGCAGCGCACCCUGCUGUCCCGCAGCAGACAGGCAAGUGCCGCGGGGGUCAUCCCCUGCAUGGCCGACCCGCCAUCCUCUUCCGCCGCCGGAGGGUCAGGGAAAGGAUUGUGUAACGUAUACGCCGAAGUGCUUCAUUUCCAAUCUAUGUGCUCCUGUCUCUGGUACAAAAGUCAGGAGAAGAUGCGCUACUCGAUUCCCAUGAUCAUCUCUCAUGAUCUGUCCACUUCGGACACCUACAUGGAGCACAGCGAGACCUCCGACGCCCUGCACUCCAACGGCUGUGUCUGCAGUGCCUUGCAGGAGCACUCCGCAGCCAGCUCGGUGUACACUGGCCUGCUGAGCCCGCCGCAUUAUCAAAGACUCUCCAAACGCCGCAGCUCCAUCUAGUGCGCCGGAGGAUGCGUGGCACGUGAAUCUCUUUCGCCUUACGAAACCAACCACUGUUGUAUUUGGGGUUGACAUACUGCUGCUUCACGGUUUGGAUCCUCUUUCAUUACGUCUAAUGUAGUUGUGGACUUAAGAGGGCAGACUGUAAGCAGACUGCAGCGGUUUGCAAUAAAAACACAGCCUCCUUUUUGUCAAGUACGCAUUAAGGUUUUGGGGAAAGGGUCGAACCCAAACUCCUGGCUCUCUGUUGAGCUUUAAGGGGAGAUGGAAACAAAUGCAGGGUUUUCAAAACCAACAGUUCAAACUUCCAAAGAAUAAGACUUUUCUGGUUUUGACUUUCACUGGUGGAGUAUCUAGUGUUGUGGUGCGACAGCCUCAAUAGGGAGUGUGUAAUGAUCCUGUCGUAUUUGCAGGGGAAACUUUUUUCGAGAUAUAAAAUGAUAGCAGUUUGUAAAAAAAAGUAAUAAUAUAAAAUAGUUUAAAAUAUUUAAAUGAUAACUACACUAACAAUGUUAUGCUUUCUUCCACAAUUUAGCUUUAAGUUUAAUCUACCCUCAAACUCAUUUUUCUUAUUUUUAUUUAAGCACAGCAUUUCUUUUUCUUAGCUGUACCAGAGACCAUUGAUACCAUAGAUAUAUACGCAUAGAUGCCACAUUCAGCCGCUCCAGACACGACAUGUGUCCGCCAUUUUGGUACCACCAAUAGUUCAUCAAGUUGCUGUUGACACUCAAAAUGAGUUUUCAGCCUCUGAUUGUACAAAAAUUGUGUGAAUGUUUCCAUAAUUGGAAUGUUUCAUAACGUUUCCUCUAACGUUUUUGUAACCAAGCAAAUACAAUGUUUAAAAAAAUGGAUAAUAUCAAUAAUAUCAAUGUUUUGUGGAAAUGAUUAAAAGGCCAGCAUUGGUUGGCCAUGUUCUUUCCUUCAAACGCUGGCAGUGAAACGACCAACGAGCCAGCUUGACCGUUCCAAUACGGCGGAUGACAUAUGCAUUGCGGCCCAUAUACAGCUGCUUAUGAUGCAUCUACUGUGUUUAUAUCUAUGGUUUAUACAUCUGUUACUCUAAUCUAUCGCCAGGUUUGUUUAUUGGGUGUUUUUGCAUUGUGUUAUCCAUUAUUCUAGCUAUUGUGACAUUUUACUUUGGCGAUGACUUUAAGGCUUUGAUUUUUACAGUUGUAGAGUUAAAAUUGUUUAUACUGUACUUGCACUUUAGGUUAAAACUAGCUUCAGGGCUGAAGCCAGGUCAAUAUAUAAUAUAUAAAUGGACAUUUUCUAAUACACACUCCUGCUCAUAUUGUGCAUGUGCUCUCGACAUUCUAAGGAAGAAAUCAAAUGUUUGUCUUUGUAAACUUAAAUCAAAGUCCAAUAACUUGCUUUGCCUUUGAAAUAACAUUCAUUUACAUCUGAUGUCUCUUGGCCAUUGGUUGACCAAUAGUCAAAUAGCCAUUUAGUCUUUAUUGUAGAUCACCAUUGUGACCAUCCAAUAAUGUGGGUUAGCGUUGACAUUAGAAAGGUUACAACAGUAAUGCAGACAACUGUGCUGAGAUGCUUCAGACGGCGAACUUGACCUUUAGUACACAUCACAUAUACUGUAUGUGUGCCUGCAGUGUUUCCUCUACAGUCCACUGCAAAUUCACAUGAAAAACACACUUUUUAUACAAUCCGUGCCCAAUGGAUAUAACCACAUCCUGCUUUUUUUUCUCGUAAAAUAUCUUGUUUCAUUUGGAGCAGAAGAUGUAAUGUGUUGCAAAUGUCAACUAAACUGUACUGGUAUUUUCAAAUAUUUUUCUCAAUUAGACAAAAUUAGAAACCUUGUAUAACUAUUAUUAAAUAAGAUUUGAAGAUAUAGCUAUCUGAAGUUUGACUUAAUAUUUCGCAUAAUGGAAACGCAUUACCAUUACCAUCGCAUUACGUACACACUGUACGUAAAACCAGCUGAGUUUGUCCUACUUAACUAUCCAUACAUUGUUGAAAUGUUAGUUCACUUUAAAUUGAUAAUAUGAUGUUCUUUUGCUCACCCUCAGGCCAUCCAUGAUGAAGAGUUGGUAAUAAUGUUGUAAAUGACAUUCAGUUUCUCGCACAGACCAAUCGUUUCGCAUCAUAAGAUCCCUCAGGGUUUCUUUCGUGUUGCCUGUAUCCAGUUUUUGGACUCUCAAAGACAUUGACAUUUUUUGACACCUGAGGACCCGAGGAGUAAAUUAACAGCAAAUUGUCCAGUGAACUAAUGUUUCAAGGGUCACAAAUGGACCAACGUAAUCUUUUAUUUACUUUUUGCACUUUUAUCAAAAUCAUAAAUAUGAUUACUUACUUACUUUUGUAAACUGGAUAUGCAAGGAAGAUGCACUUUUAAAUGGUGGAUUGUACUAUUAUAACUUUUCAUGCAUCUGUAAUUGUAUCGUAACUAAUAGAAAAGUCACUGCUUACCCUUUAACAACACUAACUGUUAUUAUAGAUGUUUCAUCAUUUCUGCCUUCAUGCCCAUUCAGGAUGUGAUCAACAUGUCCAAAGUGAUAUUUAGAAAUCCAAAGUGGUUGAAAUAAAAUGUGCAGAAACUGUA